UUCAGUCCUUGCUCUGUAUCCUAUAUCCCCUGAACUUUUUUUUCAACACCUCCGUUAAACUAAAGGUCAUUCCACCGCUUAAAACUGUAUUUUUAAAUAACCGCCUCUCCUACCUGAACCUGGGAGAACUCGUGUUAUUGCGUGCGCGGCGCGCUGCAGUGCAUCAGCUACAACGCACACCGUGAUGUAUGAAUCUGGACCGACUUAUGCCCCAGCUUGUAUUUUGCUUUGACAACAACAAAUAAUUUCUUUUGACGUUAUUAUUAGCCUAAAUUAAUCAAUUGUGAAAUACAGGUGCAUGUUAAAGUUCGAAAGUGUGAUUUUAGUGGGGCACAGAAGAUCAACAAUGGAGCAUAAUUAACAUUAAUGAUUCAUAAUUCCCCAUACCCCACCCCCCUUCUCUUCCUGCUACGCGCUGUGACACGCUUGUAGAAACACGUUUUGUCCAGUGGUCUGCUGCUACACACACGAAACAGACACUACAGCAAAUUUGACAGACUUUAAUACUAGUUUGAGCUCAACACCAAGAAGGUGAGUUAGAAGCUUGAAUAUGCUUUUUGUAAAAGUAGCAUUACCUGAGAAAUUACUUCCCAAAAUGGUGUCCAGUUCCAUUUCAGCAGCCUGUCACAUUUGGAGCAGUAUUACUAACCUGCAUGCAUUUCCUGUAUUGCAGCCAGAUAAUGCAACCUUAUUAAAGUUGUAUGACUUGCUCUGUAUGAUUUGUUAGCAUAGAAAAGCUCUAUUAAUAUGAAUUAGUUUACAUGCAUGAGCAUAUCAGUGUUUUUCAAAGACCUAUCAACAUCAGCUUAUUUUAUUUUCAGUACCUCUUUAAUGUUUUGCCUUUUAGGCUUUGUUACACCUUUUUCUUUCUUAGCAUGCUUUCAUGUCAUUGUGUCAAAAUGCAUGUUAUGAAAAUACCGACAAACCAGACAUGCUGUUCACAUUACACAGGGCAGGCAUCCAUGCAUUAUACUUUUGAUUCUUUGCAAGAUGAGCAUAAUAACAAUAUGCUACUGUGUUAGUGUUCUGUUAAAAAGGCACUGCAGAAAAAUAAUAUGCAAAUUUCUUAAGUAUAAAAACUCAUAAAAGACAAAUGUAUUUUCUUGUGUGACUAAAUUUGUUGGAUGAGUGUUGAACACUGUUGACAAGGACAUUUUAAGCUCUAUAAAAAGAUAACCCAUAUCAUAUCUUUAAAGAAUUUGACAAUCUUCUACUUGGUUUUAGAAGCAAAUUGUGUAACAGGGAAAGUGCAACUCAGGGCUGGCAUUUUACACUUGGGUUGCUGCCUAUACAAUUUGCCAUUUAGACUAGUAAUUCUGAAGGCUAGAAUUAAAGAUAACAGAUGCAAGUUCUAGAAACGAAGCUAUUGCUAGUAUGAACUUGUUUGACUAAUUCAAUGUCUGCUGUGCAUGACUUAAGUGCGUGAUAACAGACUCUUGGUGUAUAACAAGUAUAUUUCAUACGCUAAUUAUUUUAGUUCAUCUGCAUGUGUUUCUUUUAAUAUCCUGCACACUUAGCUUUUUCCUGGGACUGAUUUGUAUACUGUUUUAUAGUGUAUAAUCACAAAAGUCUAUUUAAAAACAAAAGUUAGUUUCUGACAGAUUCAGUUGUAGUACUGAGUAGAUCAAGCCCCUUGUGUCUCCUAUGUCUCACUAAUCCAAAAGCUUGUACCUGUUAUUCUCUCUCUUUCCUGCAACGGAUCAAAGAUGAUGUCUAAGAAGAUCCCUCCGUGCUCUGCAGCAGAUCAGUCAGACCAUGAUCAGCCUCCCAGUCACUGUCAAGUGAACCAGUCUGCAAACAUAGCACUGGGGUGUAGGAACAAGACUCAAUCUAGUCAGAGAAAUGGUGACACGGCAUCAUCGUCCCCAGAGAGUGGCAGCUUGAAUGGAGAUCGAAAGCGAAGCAGGAAAAGCCGCUGGCGUACAAAACGUUCAUCUAAUCCUGAGAGUUGCCCCGAAGGGAAUGUUGAGGGGGAGGUUGAUUGUAAUAACAAGAAUGAAGAGGGGCCAAACAAAAAGGCCAGUCAGCUUCCUGAACCCUGUGUUGGUCUGACUGGCCUGCAGUCUGAGUGUGCUAAUGUGUGGUUUGAACGCAGCAUCUACGAGCGAGCCGAGAGCCUCUACCAGUGCUGGCUGGUGAGCUCCUCCAGUGAGACUACCCAACCAAAAGAGUCACCUCCAAACUUUCCAUCAACUGUCACUCCAUCUUCCUCAGGACUGGCAUGCCACCAUGGCGACCAGGUGGCUUGUCAUCAUGUGGUACAGGCAGUGUGGGUAAACAAGUCGUCCUUUGACCAAGCAGAAUGCUGCUUUGUUGAUGAAGCCAUGCAGCCAUCUGUUCCAGAUUCUCUGGACCUUCUGUGUCUGCCUAACUGCAGCAACACACCCAGAACACCUGAUGAAGGUUAUCAGUCCUUACUUCCGACUCCUGCGACACCUGUCGUCAAACAAGCUGCUGUCACGCCAACCAAUCGACAGUCGAUUAAUGGGCUGCCUCGCAUCCCAGUGGAGCUGCUUAGAGAUGUGUGGCUGGAGAAACCACUGUAUGACCGUGCUGAAGCAGCCUUUUACCAGAAUCUAUACAGCAACAAUUCCUCUAAGCGGCCCGGCUGCUCCUCCACCUCCAGAACCACCGAUCACCCUCAAAGCCUUGUAGAAGAGGAGGAGGAGGAGGAGGAAGAGGAGGAGGAGAUGGUGGUGGAAGAAAAACGGGUGGCUCAGCAUGGUAAAGCAGAAGUCUUUCAUGCUCUGCACCCAAUUCAAGAAGAAGAAGAGGAACCAGCUGAGGUACCAGAGAAGGAAGACGUAUCGGGGGCAGGAGUCUGCUACUUCCUACACCCAGACAGUGAGCGGGUGUGGUUAGACAAGUGGCAGUAUGAUGCUUCAGAGAGGCGUUUCCAUGGUUACAGUGGGGCUAAAGCCGUGUUGGUAAAGAAGAGUCCGAGGCCAAAAGCAGAUGCAUCACCAGUUGUCUCCACCACCCCUCUGAGGGACAACACCAUGAGCACAGUCGAGUUUCUGGCCCAGGAGAAGAUCUGGUUUGACAAACCUCGCUACGAUGAGGCGGAAAGAUGCUUUUAUGAACGUAUGAAUGGGCCCUCACAACCAACACAGCCUGUUGGAGCAACCAGUAUUCUACAGGACAUUGCUCGGGCUCGGGAGAACAUCCAGAAAUCUCUAGCAGGACUGAAGACUACACUGUCUAAAAGAGGGUCUGGUCAACCUUCCGUGAGCCGGCAGUCCGAGCUUAGCAGCAGCGGUGGCAGUGUGGCUGAUCAAGGAGAACUCGUCUCUCGCAUCAAGAGCCUGGAGCUGGAGAACCAGAGCUUACAUAAAGUGGUGGAUGACUUGAGGGCAGCACUUUCCAAACUGGAAUGUCGAGUGGCAGUUCUGGAGAAGGCUCCUGCUCCGGCUCCUGCUCCUUCAGUCCCCUGCAUGAAUGGCACUAAAGUCCAGCAGAAGACCAGUGUCCCAGUCAAAGAGGAGGAGGAGGAGGAGGAGGAGGAGGAGGAGGAGAAUGAUGAUAUUGACCUGUUUGACAGUGAUGAAGAUGAAGAUGAAGAGGCAGAGAAACUCAAAGAGCAGAGAUUGAAAGAGUAUGCAGAGAAGAAGGCAAAGAAGCCCGCCAUCAUCGCCAAGUCCUCUAUUUUAUUGGAUGUCAAACCUUGGGAUGAUGAAACAGACAUGGUGAAGCUGGAGGAGUGUGUGCGCUCGAUUCAGGCUGACGGCCUGUUAUGGGGCACAUCCAAACUGGUUCCUGUGGGUUACGGUAUCAAGAAGCUCCAGAUUGCGUGUGUGGUGGAGGAUGACAAAGUGGGAACAGACAUGUUGGAGGAGGAGAUCACCAAGUUUGAAGACUGUGUCCAGAGUGUUGAUGUAGCAGCUUUCAACAAGAUCUGAUCCCAGGACGCCGUCUUCUGUUGUCACGCCUGUUUUUAUUGUCAACUGUCGAAGGUUAAGGAGAAUAAUAAAAAUCAACUCUUGCACUGAA